AACACUCGGUUUGCCAUUGUAAGCCCGCGAGUGGCGAUCUCCAUUCUGCGUUAGACUCUUUGCUUUAAAGCCAUCCACGUGUUCCCUCGGAUCCUGAGCUUUAAUCUGGCUCAGUGGUCGCACUCUCCCACCCGGAGGUUGGUCUGGAUGACUGACAAAUUCUGCAUGUGGAUCAGUAGUGCUGCAACGAUUAAUUGAUUAACUUGAGUAAUUCGAUUAGAAAAAAAGAUUCAAAUUCAAUAAUAAUAAUUCAUGUGGUGUUGUAAUGGUUUGUUUUGAAAGUGUUUGCAUUUAGUUUUAUUGAUUUGGGUGGAAACACUGCCGUCUGGUGGCAACAGUGAAUAUGAGAACUCAUUUCACAUGGCUGAAUCCACCUGCUCCCUGUUAAGACAAACACAAGUUUUCCUUUGAGGUAUUUUUUUAAUGCAUUUGUAAUUUAGAUAUGUGUUCGAACUAGGGUUGUUCCGAUCAUGUUUUUUUGCUCCCGAUCGUUUUAGUUUGCGUAUCUGCCGAUCCCGAUAUUUCCCGAUUCAAUUCCAAUAUUUCCCGAUCAUAUACAUUUUGGCAAUGCAUUAAGAAAAAUAUGAAUAAAACUCGGACGAAUGUAUACAUUCAACAUACAGUACAUAAGUACUGUAUUUGUUUAUUAUGAAAAUAAAUCCUCAAGAUGGCAUUUACAUUAUAAACAUUAUGUGAGAGGGAUCCACGGAUAGAAAGACUUAAAGGAUAAAUGUGACUUUGUAUAUUGUGACUAAAUAUUGCCAUCUAGUGUCUUUGUUGAGCUUUCAGUAAAUGCAGCCAUUUAACUUCUGCCCAAAUGCAUGAUAGGAAGUGCAACCAUGACUGUGCGUAGGGGCACUAAUUGAUAUAUCUUCUCUGCGUUGGGAAAGAACAUAGGGUGUUAAGAAAAUGAUCAACUACUACUUUUCUUCCCCACAUUCCCUCCCAUGUUAUUUUUAAUUGCUGAGAGAACUAUUGUAAGGCUUUAGCCACAUAAACAAUGGCUCCAAAGGCUGUCAAAAUUCCCUCUUCUCAUUAUACGCUGCCUUUUAGCGCUAUCUAUAGGUUAAACGGCGUCUUUAUAGAUUGAACGCGACAAUGCGUGAGUGGGUAGUGCAGCGCAUGCGUUAAUUAUUUAACGUGAUUAAUUAAAAAAAAAUUAAUUACCGCCAUUAACGCAAUAAAUUUGAUAGCCCUACUUUAAGCCAAAACUACUUUGGAUGAGUGAAGACAUUUUGUCUGUAACGUUACAUACAAUUAGAAAACGAUUUAAAUAAUAUGUAUAUAUAUAUAUAUAAAUAUAUAUAUUUUAAAAAGGCAUGUCCGAUAUUUUUUUGCCGAUUCUGAUACUUUGAAAAUGAGGUGGUCGGACCCGAUCGUACAUUUACAUUAAAUUUUAUAGCAUUUAAGCUAGCAGACUUUUGUAAAUUAGCCAAUUUUUCUUUUGUUGUACUUGGAACCUCAUUUUAGAGCUGCAGCGUUCGAUUAUUUUAGUAGUCGAUUAAUCGAGUAAUCGAAUAAGGAACACAAAAAAAUACCUGACGUGAGCCUCAAACGGUAUAAAAAAAAUAAAUGAUAUGUACUGGACAUCAAAAGAACAAUCGGCUAGCUUAAAUGCUACAAAAUGCCAUAGUUUUUAUUUACAAUGCUCUUUAAAAAAUAGUUCAAACACAUAUUCCCACUAAAAAACGGCUAAAUAGACCGUUAAACUGAAUUACGAAUGCAUUAAAAAACAUUAGCUCAAACAAAAACUUAGCUUAUGUUGGUCUUAACAGGGAGUACUGGAUUCCGCCAUGUGAAAUUAGGCAGACUAGAGGGCAGAGUUCAUAAAACCAAAUGCAAACACUUUUGAAACAAACCAUUACUGGAAGCAGCAAAAUUUAAUUUGAAUAUUUUUUUUCUAAUCGAAUACUCGAGUUAAUCGUUGCAGCACUACCUCAUUUAUUAAUUUUUUUUCAUACCGUUUGAGGCUCAGCUCAGGUAUUUAAAUUUUUUAUGUCCCUUAGCCGAUUACUCGAUUAAUAGACUACUAAAAUGAUCGAUAGCUGCAGCCCUACGGAUAAGUAUUGUAUAUCCAUCUAGCAAAAAAAGUUGCAUGAACUCUCUUCGUGAUCACGUAUGUUCAAUCAUCAAUAAAUGUUUUGUUUCUGUGUCCAGAGGAAAUCCAGCAGAGCGAAGGAGAAGAAAGCACGGCGUCUGGAGGAGAGGGCAGCCAUGGACGCCGUCUGUGCUAAGGUGGACGCUGCCAAUAAGCUUGACGAUCCACUGGAUUCCUUUCCUGCCUUCAAAAAAUACGACAGGAACGGAUUAAACCUACAAAUCGAGUGCAAGAGAGUGACUGCCCUCAACCCGUUGUCUGUGGAGUGGGCCUUCGAACUCACCCGAGCAAACAUGCAAACGCUCUACGAGCAGAGCGAAUGGGGCUGGAAGGAGCGCGAGAAGAGGGAAGAGAUGAAUGACGAGAGAGCGUGGUACCUAUUGGCCCGAGACGGCGAAUCCGCCCCAGUGGCUUUCUCUCACUUCCGAUUCGACGUGGAGUGCGGGGAGGAGGUGCUUUAUUGCUACGAGGUGCAGCUGGAGAGCAGAGUGCGAAGGAAAGGACUCGGCAAAUUCCUCAUCCAGAUUUUACAGCUCAUAGCUAACAGUACACAUAUGAAAAAAGUCAUGCUGACAGUUUUCAAACACAACCACGGCGCGUAUCAGUUCUUCCGAGACGCUCUCCAGUUCGAGAUGGACGAGACCUCGCCCAGCAUGUCCGGCUGCUGCGGCGACGACUGCUCGUUCGAGAUCCUGAGCCGGCGGACCAAGCACGGCGAGGUUUCAGUGGGUCACAGCCACGGCGGCGGUCAUUGCGGCGGCUGCUGCCACUGAUUGUUCGGCUGCAGAUAUCGGUGUUACGGAUUGACAUUUGUGUUUUCCCUGCUGUAAGAGAGCAGCAUGCGGUGUGAGCUUCGGUUAAUUUCGUCCUUUUCCGUCAUCUCCUCCUUAAUCACGACGACUCUGAGCGCUCGUUGUCGUUGUCACUGUAAGAAAAGUUUACGACUUAUUGCAGUGACGCUGUAAAUGCACAUCUCGCCUUUUUGAUGAUUUUGUUUUUAGCAUGCCUUCCUUGUGUUGCUUAACAGCUCUUUUGUUGAGUUAAGUCUUAAUGACAAAGCGUGCCACAGUCUUGCAGCUGAUUUGUAGUAAAUCCUUGGAUUUCUUACAUGGUCACCUUGAACGGACUCAUUACCCACAUGCCUUUUCACCCUUAAAAAUCCCCGGUUUAUAUUUGAUCUGAAUGAGAGUUAGUUGGUAUGUUUACAAAACCUACAGGGUACGUGAAUGCUAGCUUCAUUCCAUUUGAAUAACAAUCUGCUUUUUAAGUUCUGGGGGAAUAGUUGGAGGUGCAAUCAAAAACAAAAGAACCCACGACUAGAAGUCCCGACCACUGCUUAGUACGACGGAGUAUUAAGAAGAAUCGUACUAGGAGUAUAAAUGAAAAAUGUAUGGAUGCAUAAUAUAGCGAAAUUAGCUUGCUACGGACUUUACGUAGCAGCUUUUAAAUAUGAUUUUGUUCCGUCGGCACUACUCUGAAUCAACUUUCUCUUGAUCUCGACUCACUUUGUGUAUAUAAACAUGUUCUCACGGAUUUCAUCUUGAAGACAAACUUUCUGAAACGUGAACGAGUUUGACUGAUCCUUACUCUGCAGUCCUUCACCUCUACGAAAGGGAACUUCAAGUCCUUCUGCCGUGUCAGUGUUUCGUUCCUAUGUUACACAUCCAAUAAAGUUCUUUGACUUUUGUAA